AUGUCCAGCUCGCUGCUGGUCGAUGGGGCAAUGGUCUGGGGGUCCACGGUUGUCACCCAGCAAGCCAUGGAGUGGGAGAUUUCCGUCACUCAGUCAGCUACUAGCAUGAGCUAUAGUAUUCUGCUGCAGGGUUUGGGGGGUACCUUUGCCGUUCCGCUCAUUGAAGCCUAUGGUCGCAAGGUCCGAUGCGCCCACGGAUUGCAUCUUACUCUGGCGUUGCCUAUUGGCAUCACGGCCACUGUCGAUACUUUUUUGCAUAGCCCUCCCUACCUGUUCAACACUAUCCAAGCAUCAUCCAUGCGUUUUGCCGGAUGGACUUUCGGUCACUUCUUUAACGAUAUGGCUAGCGGCUUGCUCACCUAUGGACUAACCAUGCAUUUCGGCAAGCACUGGAUUGGGCUGGCCUUUGGCUGGAUCAUGGUCAACAUCGGCAUGGUGGCCACGAUUGUGGCCAUCUCAGCCUCAGCAUACGCGUUGGAGCGAUACCCUGAGCAGUCCACUUGUGUAUCAGCGAUCCUCAACAUGUGGCGGACCUGCGGUGGCUUUGCCGUGGGGUACUUAGCCAGCCUGGAUCGAGCACAACGGUCUUGGACUCGUGUUUGGUAUCCAGGCGGCCGCGGUUUGUGCAGCUAUCAUCUUGACCAUCACCCCGGUAUUGCUGUGGGAGCGAUCCAAACAGACAUUGGUCGAGGAUGUCGAAAUAGCAUGAUGCACGAAGAGACACAAGGCUUGAAAUCGUAUACGAGCGAUGACUGGAAUGAGUAG